AUGCCCAUCACCUCUGGAGCACCCGCUCACGGUAAUCCAGCACACUUGCUGCCACCAUCAUGGACUGCCGUCAUUAGCGGCUGGCUAGCUGAAGACACACCAUCCUUUGACUAUGGCGGUUUCGUCGUAGGCGCCGCACCCGCCACUGCCCGCCUACUCGCCAAAUCUCCCGGUAUCCUCGCUGGCGUACCUUUCGUGGACGAAAUCUUUAAGCAGCUGGACUGUAAAGUGGAGUGGUUGGUCAGCGAAGGCGACCUCGUUGGUCAGAACGGAAAGCAACACGUAGCCACCGUGACAGGUCCUACACGGAACCUGUUACUCGGCGAGCGCGUAGCUCUGAAUGUAGUAGCCAGAUGUUCUGGUAUUGCCACAAAAUCCCACUCUCUCCUCACCCUCCUCCGCAACGCCGGCUACAAAAACACCCUCGCUGGCACCAGAAAAACCACUCCUGGAUUCCGUCUCGUCGAGAAAUAUGGCAUGAUUGUCGGCGGCUGCGAUCCUCACCGUCAAGACUUGUCCACCAUGACCAUGCUCAAAGACAACCACAUCUGGGCUUGCAACAACAACAUUGCCACCGCCGUUGCCGCAGCAAAAGCAGCAGGAGGCUUCGCCAUCAAGGUGGAAGUGGAAUGCCAGAGCCUCAACGAAGCAGAACAAGCCUGUGAUGCAGGUGCCGAUGUAGUAAUGUUGGAUAACUUUACACCCGAGGAAAUGAAGAAGGCGGCGAGAAGUCUAAAGGAGAAAUACGGAAGUGGGCCUAGGGGUCCGCUUGUGGAGGUUAGUGGUGGUUUGACCGAGGAUAAUGUGAGUGAUUAUGUUAGUGACGAUGUGGAUGUCAUUUCGUCGAGUAGUAUCCAUCAGGGCACCAAGCAUGUGGAUUUCUCGCUCAAGAUUGUGCCAAAGGGGCAGGAAGUCAAAGAUGGACAGGGAGAGAGCACAGCUACUUAG